UUUUAUAGAAUAAUUAGAAGUUCGAGUUUUUGUGUGCUAAUUGCGUCUAUUUAUUAUUUAUGUUGUAGUUUUAUUUUGUUAUUCAGUAAUUCGGUGUCAUAUUUGAAGUAAAAUUAUUUGAUAUGUCUUUAAAUACAGCUCACGCCGAUCACGGCGUUUUAAUACAUGCUGGAGAAUGUAUUAUAAUAUUUUCUGACAAUGUCACUGUUGAGUUUUACGGAAACGAAACUCCCGAGUUUAAAGGCACUAAGACAGGUCGCAUGUACCUAACUACGCAUCGCAUGAUUUAUAACUCAAAAAACACGGCUGAUUCUAUGCGAUCAUUUAGUUUUCCAUUUAUAGCUCUGCAGGAUGUAGCAGUUGAACAGCCCAUGUUUUCAGCAAACUACAUUAAAGGCAAAGUGAGGGCUCAGCCAAAUGGUAACUUUAUUGGGGAAGUAAAAUUCAAGCUAACAUUUAAAUCUGGAGGUGCUAUUGAGUUUGGUCAAGCUAUGCUUAAAGCAGCUCAUUUAGCGUCCCGGCACAUGACGGCGGACGCGCCGCCGCCGCCCUACCAGCCGCCGACGGGCCCGUGGCACUCCGCGCCGCCGCCCGCCUACGCCCCGCCCCCGCAGGGGUACUACGGCUGGGUGCCGCCUUACAACGCCUUUCCCGAUCAGCCACCACCGAACUCUGUGUUUGUGUCCAACAAUCCACCCCCGUACCCCGGCGUGUCCGGCGUCACGUACCCGGCUGGGCCAGGCUAUUCCGGUGCGGGCAGUCCCGGAGCCCCCCCGGGCUACCCGGGCGCCGCUUCCGCCCCGCCUGGCUACCCCGGCGGCUUCAGCGCGCCCGCGCCCUCCUCCGCCGUGUCUGCACGAGAUGCGAAGGCGGCGGAGGCCGCGCAAAGCGCCUACUAUGAUCCCAACCAGCCGCAGACGGCGUACGUUCCGCCGCCCUACAAUGAUCAACCGCCGACUUAUCAGGAAUCUACAUCAAAGAAAGAAAACUAAAGCAUUGCCCGCAUUACCAUAUGUCUUAUACUUGCUAUUCAUUACCCAAAAAUGUAUAAACUAUAUCAUUGAAAAAUAUAUUUGGCUUAUCUGCCAGCUUCGUUUCUACGCUAAUAACAUUCCCGUGCUAUUAAGCAUUUCGUAUUGUUAUUUGAAAUAUUUAUCCAAUUAAGGUAAAAAUAUGUUAAACAAAGUACAUAGUUAUUAUGUGUAUAAAUAGUUUAAAUACAUACAUAGGCUCUUUUUAAUCACUCUAAAAUCGAUAGGAACCAUUCGUCCACGAUCGUAUAAAUAAUAAAUCAUUCAGUCUUAUAAAAAAACAAUGCUUAUAAUGAAACGAUUAUAAAAUAAUAUGACGUAUUAUGGAAGUUUUUCAGAUUCUAAGAACCUAUGUAUGUUUUGUUAAAAAAUGUAUUACUAUAAAUGUUUAUAUUAGACUAUCGAAAUGUGAUAUCGUAUUUUUUCAAUUUCCAAAUUAUUAUUUUAUUUUAUGUUUGCUUCAAAAUUGUUAGGUGCUUUAUACACAAGAAAAAGUGGUUAUAUUGAAUUAGUACUUUUUAGUUUUUAUUUUAUUUGUUAUUUAAGAUAUUUUAUUUCAAAAUAAAGCGAAUUAAAUUAA